AUGCCCUCAAGUUUCCAGUCAGAUGAAUAUGAGCUUGAUGCCGAACCACUCAUCGGCUGGCAGAACAAAAGCCACCCAGUCUAUGAGCAACCCAGUUACCCCUUCAUCCUUCGAUGGAUAAGGAGGCCGUUGACUCUGCUGCUGAGCGGCGUGAUCCACUUCACAUCCCUGGUUUUUAUGGUUUUUCGAGGGAGAUCUAGACACAGAAGUGGAUUUAUAUGCUUCUUACAUACUCUGGCUGGUGUGAUCAUUGCUCUCAUCUGCCUGACAGGGCUAUUCUGGCCAUCUUACACUCGUCCACCACCACACUACGAGACCCUUCGACACCAGGUCCAGAGUAGUGAAACUCACGGCCGCGGCAAUGUUCAAAACCAGAAAGUUUUCAUCGCUGCCGUUCUUUUUGAUCCGCAAGGCAAGAUCGCCAGCGGACGAUGGGGUCAGGCUCUCCUUCAACUGAUCGAAUUGCUGGGAGAGCAGAACGUCUUUCUCAGCAUAUAUGAGAACAAUAGUGGAAAGGCCGGUGAAGAUGCCCUCCAUGUUCUUGCAGAUCAAGUCACCUGCAACAACACAAUUUUCUCCGAGCCAGGACUCAGUCUGGGAGAUCUACCGCGCGUGACGAUUCCCGGCGGAGAGAAACGCAUCAGACGCAUCGACUACCUGGCCGAAGUUCGCAACCGUGCUUUGCGGCCCCUCGACGCCGCGAACAUGAAAUACGACAAGCUUCUCUAUCUCAACGACGUGAUUUUCGAUCCGGUUGAAGUACUCCAGCUGUUGUUCUGCACCAAUGCCGAUGCCAACGGCGUGGCGCAGUACCGCGCCGCAUGUGCCGUGGACUUUAGCAACCCCUUCAAGUUCUACGACUCGUACGCCACCCGUGACUACGACGGGUUUGGCGUUGGUCUACCUUUCUUUCCCUGGUUCACCACCGCUGGAGCGGGACAGAGUCGUCGCGACGUCCUCGAGGGGAAAGAUGCUGUUCGCGUCCGCAGUUGCUGGGGUGGCAUGGUCGCCUUUGACGCGGCCUAUUUCCAGGGCCCUUCACCUGUGCGGUUCCGCGCCGACUCUGAGAUGUUCUGGGAUGCUUCAGAGUGUUGCAUUGUCCAUGCGGAUGUGCAAAGUGCCGAAGCAGGGCCCGAUCAGUCUCAACGUUCAGGAUCUUACAUGAAUCCCUUUGUGCGGGUAGCAUACGGAGCACGAAGUCAUUCAUGGCUGUGGACGACUCGUCGCUUCGAGAAGCUCUAUUCGCUGCCGCACAACAUUCUGAAUCAUCUCGUGGGAAUGCCUCACUACAAUCCUCGCCGCACCGAGGUCAUCGGCCAGAAGUUCCGAGAUGCCAUGUGGAUUCCAGGUGACGGGGAGGCCCAGUCGGGACAGGUUCAAACAGUGGAACGCGAGGCAGGAAACGAUGGUUUCUGCGGACGCCGUGGACUGGAAGUUCUGGUUGGAAAUAGGAGGCCUGAUCAGGAUGGAUUUGAGCCUGUUCCGAUUCCUGCCGGCUUGCACUAA